AUGUCCACACGCCUUCUCUUUAAUAUUUUGUUUGCCACAUGGGCGGUUCUAGCAGACCAGCCGUUCAAGACGCACUUUGGGAGCCAGCCUAGUGCCUUCAAGAUUGACAUAGAUUCUUCUUUCAUCGAAGAAACGAGAGUAAAGGCCUCUUUAGCCCGAAUUGCUACUGAUCUUGCUCAACAUGAUCCUCGUGAUGGGCCUCCAGUCCAAAACGUCACUGCAAUCAAAGAAUAUUGGACAAAGAGCUUUAAUUGGGAUGAUGUGCAGUCUCGUUUGAACGAACACCUGCCGCAGUUUACCACUACAAUUGACGGCGCUGGAAACUAUUCGCACAGCAUUCCACUCCACUUUGUCCACCGUCAAUCUCUUAGGGAUGAUGCCAUUCCGCUGCUGUUUGUGCACGGCUACCCAGGGUCGUUUCUGGAGGUAGACCGUGUUAUUGAUGGGUAUACCGAUCCUCCCUCUAACGAAACGGCGUUCCAUGUAGUGGCUCCCAGCUUGCCGGGAUUCGGUUUCUCGCCGGCUCCCGAGUAUCCUGGCCUAGGACUCCGAGAGGCUGGUCAUGCUUUCCAUAAACUAAUGCUGCAGUUGGGAUACAAUAAGUAUAUUGUCCAUGGUGGCGAUCUUGGCUCUCACACCGUGCGCUACAUGGCCAUCGAUCAUCCAGAGAGCGUUCGAGCACUCCACACCAAUCUUUGGUAUCAAGUCCCCAACAAGCAGGAUAUGGAGAGAUUCAAUGCUAAAACUUCUACGACCGAGGAGGCAUUUCUCAUUAACGUUUUGGCAACGUUCAGGCUGUCGUAUCUGGGCCAGCGGCAGGUCUUUGAGAAUCAACCUUUGCAGUGGGCAUAUGCGGCGACGGAUAGUCCAGUUGGCCAUGCAGCUUGGGUAAUGGCCGAAUUGUUUGGCGGUAGUCCUUCUUAUCCCUGGACAGCAGAUGAAGUCAUCACAUGGACAAUGAUGUUACAAAUACAAGGGCCGUUUGGCGGCGCCAGGAUGUACAAGGAGCUAUCAUCGCGGGGACAAAAUCCAUGGUCAGGCAAGUUUGACUAUAUUCAUCAACCAGUGGGCAUCACUCAGUUUGCCGAGCAAGGCUUUAUCACGCCCGAAGAUUGGGCACGCCGCCAAGGAAAUAUCGUCUUUUUUAAUAAUUACUCCUUCGGUGGUCAUUUUGCUUCUUGGGAGACGCCCAAUGAACUUGUUGCCGAUGCACGAGAGUUUAUGAAGCCUGGUACUCAGGCAUGGGAUGCAUAUCAGGCUUGA